AUGUCUUUCAAGGCUAUUAUCACCUUUGUCCUCGCUGCCGGCUUCGUUGCCGCAAAGCCCAUCAGCCACCAGUCUGGCCUCAGCCUCGACAGGCGCCAGAUCGAUGUCAGCUCCGUCAUCAACGGCUUCAACCGCAACGAUGGCGCCUUCAACUUCAUCGACGGCUUCAACAACUUCAACAAGCAGCAGAAGGUCAUUCAGAUUCAGCAGCAGAAGAUACAGAUCGUCAACGACGACCGCUCCCGCCAGCAGAUUGUCCAGCAGAUCCAACAGGUCCUCAUCGUUGACCAGGUCAACAACGGCUUCAACAACGAUCUGAACAACCUCUUCCGCAAGAGCAACUUCCAGAACCAGUUCCGUGACAGCAGAACGGAUGUCAUCAUUGUUCAGGAGAUUGUCAUUGUCAUCGAUGAUGGCCGUGGCGGCCGUCGUGACCAGAGCUUCUUUGCUCAGAACGUCAUUGUCGCCAACCGUGGUGGCCGCAACAGGCAGAGCGUCAUGAUCUUCGACUCCCGCAAGCUCAUCGCCAGCGACAUUCUCCGCGACAACGCCUUUGACAGGAUCGGACGCUUCAAUGGCAUUGCCGGUGCCACUGGUCCCAUUGACUCAGGCCUUCCCCUCAAGACUCUGGGCUACCAAAUCUUUGACCAGCGACCCCGCCACGCCAACAUUGUCGAGGAUCCUGCUGCGAUCCUCGGCGGCAUCUGGCAGGGAGCAGUCGAGGACCUGCAGCGCAACAACGAGGAUGAGAACGAUAAUAAGCUUAAUGAGUUGCUUGCUGCCCAGGAGCUUGAGGAGCUCCUGAAGCAACAGGGUAACAACAACGACGAUGAGCAGAAGAAGCAGCAAGAGGAGCAGCAGAAGCAGGAUGAGCAGAAGAAGGCUGAGGAUGCUGCCAAGCAGGCUGAAGAGCAGAAGAAGCAGGAUGAGGCUCAGAAGGCGGCUGACGAGCAGAAGAAGCAGCAAGAGGAAGCUCAGAAGCAAGCCGAUGAGCAGAAGAAGCAGCAGGAGGAGGCUGCUAAGCAGGAUGAGGCUCAGAAGGCGGCCGACGAGGCCCAGAAGGCGGCUGAUGAGCAGAAGAAGCAGCAAGAGGAGGCUGCCAAGCAGGCUGAUGAGCAGAAGAAGGCUGUCGAGGCCAAGGCUUCUGCUUGA